GCAGCAGCGAGAUGGGAGGGAGCGGAGGUUGGUGAAUUUGCAGCGGCAUGCCAGCGCCAAAGCUGACAAUGGGAGGGUGGUGUUUAUGUUGGCAAGCCUGGGUUGAGGGCCUGUCAACCUACAGACGAGGGAACGGUGAUGUGGUGAAGGUGCUAGACCCCUCCUUCCUACACCCGAAAAUGAUGUUCGUGGUGUCGCUGGUCUGACACACUCCGUCGCUGCAGCUCUCACCUCCUCUGCAUGCUUCCACCACCACCCAUCUUUUUGUCUCCACCUCUGCCUUUCUUCCUCGCACCGGACGUGUCCUCCUCACACCGCCAUGAGCUUCCUGCACAGAUGUGAUCCUGAGAAUUGGCUGCACCCUAGUCUCUCUGAACCAUCAAGAGAUUCAAUGUUGGGGGGACAGUGUCACGUGCUGUGUGUUCCCUAUUCGUUCGGUGAUGCAGUGUAGAGGGUACCUUCACAGGAAAGGAAACUACCGCGGUCUUCUCAAAGAAUCUGCAGCCUCCCACGGGGACCCAGGUAUCGUCUUUUGGCCCUUCGGCGUCAGACGUUCAGUCGCCUAAAAUGGAAGGGCCCAUCAAGGGUUAACCGCUGACGAAUGCAGAGAUGGAUUCCGAGGACUCACGCUCACCUGGGUUGGACUCAAACCCUUUUACAAAUUGGGUUUCGCCUUCAGUGACGUUGACAGAGAGCGAGUGUACAGGUGACCCAGGUGAACCACUCACCUUGAUAUCCUCAUCUUCUGAAAGUCCCUCCCGACACCCAGCAUUCACACGCUCAGUGGCUGAUGCCCAGACGAGGGCGUUUUGGACGAACAAACUUCCAGCACUUACAUCGGUUCUCAUACUUCACCUUCACAAGACAGCGACAUCGGACGACUGACCACCAGUAGGGACAUCGAAGUCCCGCCUAUAACCACAGACACGUCAGGGAAGAAUAACUCCUCUGGCGAAUUCGACAGCGAUGCGCCGCCGCAAGCGCGUGCUAACUUUUCCGCGAAACACCAAGAUGCUAACUCCUCGUCACACCCACUCAUCCCCUUGCCCUCCCCUGUACAAGUUCCCCGACAGACGAGCGGACGUGGGUUGUCUUCCGACCAGGGGGAGAUCACCGACGAACCCAAAGCUCCCGAGGAGGACAGCGUUGCCAAGGACGAUACCGGACAUAGGGGGCGCCUUGCAGAUGACUUCCUGUCAGACGACGAUGACCACGCCGACCAUCGUUCGGAAGUGGUCGUGCGAGAAGUAGUUGUACAUCGUACUGAUGGAGAGAAUCUGGGCCUCAGCAUCGUCCCUAGCUACGGCUCCACCCGAGACUUAUAUCAGAUCAAACGAUUGCUGCCGGGCGGAGCCUGUGCCAGAUCAUGCAGCCAUCUUGCCGUUGGUGACCGACUGGUAGCCUGUAACGGACAGAGCCUGAAGGGCCUGACACAAGUCCAGUGCCUGCAGGUCCUGAAGUCUGCAGCAUCGCCCGUCUCCCUGACUGUACUUCAUACGACUCCCAUCCCUGAGUCCCCAUCUUCCUCCGCAUCCAGUCCACUGCUGGCAGCGGGCGAACCCGAGGAUGGAUCGCCUGCUAGCGCCGACGAAGUUCUAGUGUCGGGAGACGGAAAUCAGCCCCAAGAUCAAAGCUGGGGGUCAUGCGAGCAUGUACAGGAGGAUUAUGAAAACGGGACAGACUCAGAACACCUGUUGCAUUCACACGACAACCACACAUCCUCGACCCUUACAGCUCUGUUUGUAGAAGCCACUUCCGGUGGACCGUCUGACCUCGUCAUAGACAGUGCGACCAUGUCCAAUCCCUUCUUCGACGACGUCAACUCCGUCCCAUCUCCAGAAGCUAGUCCAGCAAGGUUGACCAAGACGAAUCCGUUCUACCACGACCUUCUGGGAGAUGAGUUCGGCAGCAACCCAGGCGCUGCUAAUUAUAACAACUCUUCUCCCUUCGACUUUUUGUCCGACCCCAGAGAGACGGGCAGCGAUGGUCUUUCUGCGUCCAACGUUUUACUCGAUCUGAGCGGCGGAGACGACUGGCUGAUGGCAUCGUCUGUGAUGACACCAUCCAGAGGGGACGCCGGUAAAGCAUCGGGUAACGAUGUCGUGGCUGGUGUUGGAGUCACUCCUCCGACAAAUUUCUCGGACGUCUCUGAGAUUUUACGAGAUUUUGCUCCAGCUUCUGCCCCGGCGAGCGCGCAACCCCCGGUGACCAACAUCGACGAUCUGUUGGGCAUGGAUUUCUUAGUGAUGGGAGAGACAAAAGAGACAGAGCUGCUACCACCUGCAGUACAGUCAGUCAGCAUCAGCCGAGACGACAACGGCCUCUCAGACGAAAACUUUGAUUUUCUGGUUGACGCCGAAGAGGCUAAACAGGACAUACAGGCUGUUCCAGUCGUUGGGGACGAACCUCCCCCUCCGAUACCUACAACCACAUUCCCUGGUGCUCCGCCUGCACAAGACUCGAGCUUGGAUGAACACACUUCCACGAUUUCCUUGCCGUUCGAAUGCCCUAUCGCUGGUGGACGUGUUGAUGGCAGUGUGGUUCAUGUGACGGACAUCAUGGUCAGCUCCUCUUUCAAGCCGCACACGUCGUCGAUAAUGGUCUCAUCGACGAAAGCAUCGCCCUGCUCCUCUUCCACUGCUGGAGAGCUUUCGCCGCCAGGACCCGCGUGUGGAAGAUUGAGUGGCUCGGAGGACGCUCCCUCGACACAAAUCUACUUCGACAACAGUGAGCCAGAGGAGAAGAGUGGUCCUGCCUUAGCUCUCGCGCCAGGUCCAGGUGAACCGGAUACGAACGAAGAAAAAAUAUUUCCGACGGAUGUUCAUAGAGAUAAGGAGGACAACGGAUGUGCGGUGCCCGUAGAUUCCGGAGAACAGAAAGGUAAACGGCGACAGGUGGGUGAAUCGGAUAAACACAACUUGCCGUCGGUCAUGGCAAAAAUGGAUACAAGCAAGUCUCCCCGGGAUGACAGACACCCAAAGAUUGACAACUUAGUGGAUGAAGGGAAAUCGUGCCUGUCAUUCUGAGCCGACGAGGAAGCAGAAAUUGCAGAUACGGUGCU